AUGCCGCCGGCCGCCGGCUCCGAGGCCCUGCCGCUGCCGCUGCCGCCGCCGCUGCUCGCCAGCUCCACCAGCCACGCCGCCACGAGUCUCAUCAUCGACUCGUACACCCCGGGCCUCGGCGAGCCGCGUGCGCCCGAGGCCAGGACCCACCCGCUCACGGCCACGGCGCCGUUCAUCAACGUGCUGGAGGGCGGCCCGGGGCCGGGCCGGCAGCCGUCGCACGACCGGCACGACUCGCAGUCGUCCGCCGUGUCGCUGGCCUCCAGCUCCACGCUCACCUCGGCGUACAGCCACCAGCAGCGCUUCGUGCGCUACGUCAUGAGCACGCACGCGGACGCCGCGGGCUCGCUGGGCCGCUGGAGCAUGGACAACGUGCUCGCGUGGCUCGACGGCCACGGCUUCUCCGACAGCUGGAAGGAGACGUUCCGCCGCAACGAGAUCUCGGGCAACCGCUUCCUCGAGUUGGGCAACUACGCGGCCGCGUCUGCCGUGUGGCGCCAGUUGAGUCUCCCGCUCGGCGCGCACGGCGACCCGGCCACCGUCGACCGCUUCAUUGGCUUGUUGGGGGCCGAGACCCACAUGCUCGCCGCCGCGCCGCCGCCGCUCGCGCCGUCGCUCCUCGACAUCGACCUGCUCGCCAAGCUCGAGAAUCGCAAGUCCUCCUCCACACUCUGGGCCCAGGGCUCUCCCUCUGUGCCGACGAAACAGCGGCCGUUCUCGUACGUCGACCCGGGCAACUGCAAGCCCGCCAAGGAGCACACCAAGUUCUUCCGCAAGCACACGCGCUUGCUGUCCAACGAGAACGCCCUGGGCGCCCCGGCGCCUUUGACGGGGGGUAAGCCCGCGAGCGAGGCUUCCCUGGGGCUGAGCAACCUCGGGUUCAAGAAGAGCGGCAUCUUGAGUACGUUGCGCAAAUACGGCGGCGAGAAGGCCGCGGGCAUCGUGAAACAGCCCGACGAUCAGAGGCUUGACUCCCCGGGAUCGCUGUGCACUUUUCGCGAUAACACAGCCAAGUCGCCCAGCUCAGUGCGCAGCUUCAAUGUUCCACACUUUGACGAAAGCGCUGGCGCACCGGUGUCAGCCAGCUCAAAAAGUGCCUCCAGGCCCCUCCUAGAGGACGUCGUCAGCUCUGAGUUUCUACCCCAGCCCAACGAACACACCGAUGAAAUCGCCUUCACUCUUUUGCUCACCCGCGACAAUCACUCAUUCGUCCCGUUCUCGGUCCACACAGAGCUCCUAGGUGAUCUCGCCACCCUAAAGAAAUCACUCAUCCUGAGGCUAGGCAUGCUCGACAUCGGCACCGUCACGUUUCAUUUGACCGAUUUUGAUGCCGAUUGCGGUGCCGCCAUGCCUGACGAUGUCCUACUCUUGGCCUUGCAGCACGGCUUGGUAUCGAAGCUAAAGCUCGAGCAAAACUUCCGGUCUCCAGACAGAAUCGGGACUUUCUCCAGCACCUCCUCCGACUCCAAGUCCUUCGAUGCUUCUGGCGGCAAAUUCUACCCGGCAACUCCACAAUAUUUGCUUCAACACUCGACCGACAAAGCUGUCGAUUACAUGAAUUUCAAGGACGCGAGCAAACCGCGCGUUUCGUCGAAAGACUAUGAUCUUCCCUCGUUGCCUCUGGUCGGGUCGCUGGAGCGUGUUCCCAGUGGGUCAUUCCCAAUUAACUUAUCAUUACCCCAACUGAGAAGAUUACAGCAAAACAACGCAGUAAAUGCAAAACUGAACAAACGGGGACUUGCCCUCAACACUUUGCAGCCACCAAUUUCAGCAGGCUCAGCUCCCGAAUUCGACCUGCUAUCUACAAGAGAUUCACUUACAGAAUCAACGCCGUCCUCGGGAUCCUCCUUUACGAUCGUUCGUAAGAAAGGCAGGGAAAUCGAUUUUGACAAGAGAAGGUUGAAUUCAAACGAAAGUAAAGCCCCGCGCCUAAUCCCAAACAUAUACUCUUCUUCCGUGACCGACGCUGCGAUAUCACCUAUUUCUGCAUCUACCAUCCAUGCUUUGGAAGAUGAGAAAACAUCUUCUUCCACAGGAAGGCUCAGGUCAGAUACUCAAGCGUCACGCAAUUUUUCUUCCGGACUAGAGCUAGAGAAGGGUGCAAGCUUUGUCGCUCGCAGAAAAGCUCCGCCUCCACCCACAGCGUCAAAUUCUUUGAAAGUGAAAGAGAGGAGAGGUACAAAGAGCUUUAGUGUUCUGUCGGGCUCGAGUCGUUCGGAGUACUAUCAUCUAUCCAAUGAAAGCAUCGACUCAUUCCGCAGCUCGCAUGUCGGCGUGUCGAGUCUCCAUGGUACCACUAAGCAGUUUGAUUUCAGUGAUGCGCCUAGUCUUGAUUUGCCACAGCAUGGCGGAGGUUUCGGCGAUGACAGUGAUGACGAUGACGAUAAUGAUGUGUUCUUCAAACCACUCAAGCCGAAGAACCCAAUUCUGACAAAUGAGAAUACAAAUCACAAACACUUGCCUCCAAAGUUAGGAAGCAAUGAUUUGGUGCCUGACAUUGAUACAAUCGCCAUGCGGCCCUCGGUUGACGAGGUUUACGACAAUCUCGAAAAGUAUUUUCCGAAUACCAUUUUGGACAAGCCGAUAAUCGAUGCUUAUCCUGAAUCGCCAAACAUUGUUUCAACCGAUAGUGCCGUUAUGAAUCUUUUACCCAAAAACCCGCCCAUCUCAAGAACGUUCUCAAAUGCCAACAUUUCUCCUGUCCAUCCGGAAAAAGAAUCUGACGAUCAAGUCUUCUACGGAGACGGUCCUCUUCUACGCCGUCGUAUGAAAACCAUCCGAGUUGUGGCCUAUGAGGCACAUCGCAAACGUUUGGCCAGCCAGAAGGCGGUGAAAGAAUCUGUGGUCACAAGGCCAGCACGAAAACAGCAUGCGCCAACUGGUGCACUUACGAGAACAAAUACUAAAUUAUGGGGUCAGAAAGUUGUUGAGGUUACUUCUGAUAAUAUUGAAAAGGGAUUCGUGGGUAGGAUUCGGAAGGUAGCCAAUAGGCCCUAUGAAGAGUUUGCCUGGGUAAAAGGUGAGCUCAUUGGCCGAGGUUCUUUCGGGUCUGUUUUCCUAGCUCUUAAUGUGACGACAGGUGAAAUGCUAGCAGUGAAACAGGUCAAUGUUAGUGACAGUACAAAGUCCAACUCUGAUGGCAUAGACGCUUUCCACAAGGAGGUGGAAACCAUGAAGGACUUGGAUCACCUCAAUAUCGUGCAGUAUUUGGGUUUUGAACAGAGCAAAAAAACCUAUAGUUUAUUCUUGGAGUACGUUGCCGGUGGAUCUGUUUCUUCUUGCCUCAAAUCGUACGGGAAAUUCGAUGAGCCAUUGGUGAAGUUCAUCACCAGACAAGUGCUUGAAGGCUUGAAGUAUCUCCAUGAGAACGGAAUUCUACACCGAGAUUUGAAGGCAGACAAUCUUCUCCUCGAAAUAGAUGGUGUGUGCAAGAUUUCGGAUUUUGGUAUAUCAAAGAGGUCGCAAGAUAUCUAUAGCAACAAUGCGGAGAUGUCGAUGCAAGGCACCGUGUUCUGGAUGGCGCCAGAAGUAAUUCAUAGCAUGGUUGAGGAAAAGAAACAGGGUUACAGCGCCAAGGUCGAUAUCUGGUCUCUUGGAUGCGUGAUGCUAGAGAUGUUUGCGGGACAGCGGCCCUGGUCAAAUGAAGCGGUGGUUAGUGCAAUCUACAAGCUUGGAAAGACCAAGCUAGCGCCUCCAAUACCUGUGGAUGUGAGUAAGGAAGCGAAAGAUUUCCUCAACAAAUGUUUCACCAUCGAUACGGAAAAACGCCCGACCGCCGCCAAGUUGUUGAACCAUGAGUUCAUGAGACCCGACAGCAGCUUCCACUUCAGCCAGACAAGGCUCAGUGAAAUCAUCAAGAGCAACUCGACUAAGAACAUGAUCAAGAGACAUUAG